UUAGCGACGUUCCCGGCAUGCUGCAGCUCCUGGGCCUCUCUUCACAGUGACGAUGGCGCCGGUGUACAGCAAGUACCUGACUGUCCGCAACUCCUCGGCGGCCGGGGCGGCGCUCGUCCUGCUGUACCUGCUCAGGAGGGCAGCGAGUGGGAAGAAAAAUGGGAAAACGCCAGGACAAAACAAUGAGAAAGAGGGAAAAAAGGAAAAAGCAGUCGUGGACCGACUUUUCUUUGCCAGGAUUGGCAGCAUCCUGAAAAUAUUAGUCCCUAAAACAUUAUGUAAAGAGACCGGAUAUCUGACGCUGAUAGCGAUCAUGCUGGUUGCCCGCACGUACUGUGACAUUUGGAUGAUUCAGAAUGGCACUUUUAUUGAAAGCGCAAUCAUUGGUCGCAGUAGAAAGGAUUUUAAGAAGUACCUUUUGAACUUUAUGGCCGCCAUGCCUGCCAUCUCAUUAGUGAAUAACUUCUUAAAAUUGGGCUUGAAUGAGCUGAAGUUGUGUUUCCGGGAACGGCUGACCAAGCACCUUUAUGAUGAAUAUCUGAAAUCCUUUACUUACUACAAAAUGGGCAACCUGGAUAACCGGAUAGCAAACGCUGAUCAGCUUCUUACACAGGAUGUGGAGAAAUUCUGCAACAGUGUGGUGGACCUGUACUCCAACCUGAGCAAGCCAUUUUUGGAUAUCGUCUUGUACAUCUUCAAGCUGACAAAUGCCAUUGGAGCUCAGGGGCCAGCAAGCAUGAUGGCUUAUUUGCUUGUCUCAGGACUUUUCCUUACACGCCUCAGGAGACCUAUUGGUAAAAUGACUAUUACUGAACAGAGAUAUGAAGGCGAAUACAGAUAUGUCAACUCACGGCUCAUUACCAAUAGUGAAGAAAUUGCCUUCUACAAUGGAAACCGAAGAGAAAAACUGACAAUUUACUCCGCUUUUCACAAACUGGUGGAUCAUUUGCAUAAAUUUAUUUUCUUCCGGUUUUCCAUGGGCUUUGUAGAUGACAUUAUCGCCAAAUAUUUUGCAACAGUCGUUGGUUAUCUGGUUGUCAGCCGUCCAUUCCUUGCAGUAAAUCACCCGCGACAUCUGACCAGUUCGCAUGCCGAACUCCUGGAGGAUUACUACCAGAGUGGAAGGAUGUUACUAAGGAUGUCUCAAGCACUUGGAAGGAUUGUACUUGCAGGACGUGAAAUGACCAGGCUGUCGGGAUUCACAGCCAGGAUUACAGAACUCAUGCAAGUCCUGAAAGAACUGAAUCAAGGCAAAUAUGAACGGACAAUGGUUUCUCAACAGGAAAGAGGUAAGCAUCUGCUUCCCAGGUCUGCCGGGCCGCCACCUGGGCCAGAGAUCUACUGCUCAGAAAUAAUGAUUCUCUGUGGGGAUCAGCGAUCGCAGCAGCAAUCCCUCAUCCCUAUACAGCGGAGGCGAUUGCUUCAGGUACUGAAGGAAUACCUUGAUAAUGUCCAGUUGGGGCAGAUUCUGGACCGUGAAGGUGGCUGGGAUAUUGUCCAGGAUUGGAUGGAUGUUCUCAGUGGAGGAGAGAAGCAAAGGAUGGCGAUGGCACGGUUAUUUUACCAUAAGCCUCAGUUUGCAAUCUUGGAUGAGUGUACAAGCGCGGUCAGUGUAGAUGUGGAAGAUUAUAUUUACAGCCACUGUAAGAAGGUUGGAAUAACCCUUUUCACUGUGUCACACAGAAAGUCCCUGUGGAAACACCAUAAGUACUACCUCCACAUGGAUGGACGAGGCAACUACGACUUCAAGCCAAUUACAGAUGAAACAAUUGAGUUUGGGUCUUAGAGCUCACUAUUCAGAGCCAACUCAUGGCAAAACAAAGCUAUGACCUAGUUGUUUUUUUUCCUUUCAGAUUUUUGCCUAAUUUUAAAUAAUUGAAGUCUAAUAUGUUAAUCUAAUCAUUAACACUACUGCACUAAAGUACAAUGAAUUCCUCUAUGAGGUUUAAAUCGGCAGAUCUGAUUACGCUCUACAUAAAUCAAUUGCUCAGAC